AUGAGCGUUCACGUAGACUGCCAAUGCCACCGUCUGGAGAGCGCCCGCGUCGCGUACGAACCGCAAUGGCGUCAAGUGUGCACCAAGUUCUACUUCCACAAAGACGCGGCAGCCAAACGCGUGUUGGACUGCUUUGAAACGAGCCGAGCGGACGGUUUCAAGAGCUGUGGACCACAGGCAGACGAAGUUUGUAUUUCCACAGCAGAGGACGCGACCAGUGCCGAUGAACACGUGCGGGCGCUCGUGCAAGUGCUCGAGCUGCCCAAGUGCGCGAUCUCGGGCCACGCAGAGAGUUUCCACCAAACGGUCCAGAUGCUGGAAUCAACAAAGAGCGCCGUGCGGUCGAAGUACCACGAGCACGUUGCGCAUCAACGGUAUACGGCGUUCGACGCGCGCGCCAAGGCAAGUCAGGGAACGAACUUUGAGCUCUGGACGGACGACAGCGGCCAGCAGCAACUGGCCGUCCGCGUCCAGCACGACUACGUGCGCUCCGACGCGAGUUACACGAAAAUGGUGGAACGAAUGCAGGCGUUCAUCGACAAGCACUUGCCGAACAUUGGCUGCCAUCCGUUCUUGGCCGGCCUUUGUGCGGCGUUGCAGUGGAACCUCGAGAGCUCGACCGUCGUCGCAUGGCAACUGCCGGACGCAGUGUUUGUCGAGAGCGGCGAUGCCGUCUUCACCCACAAUGCACUGAAACUAAUGGCGUCUGCACUCAACUUUAGCCACUGCGAACGCAGCGCAGAGGCACAACAAACAACAACAACAACAGCGACAACGACAACAGCGAAAACGACGACAGCGACCCGCGUGAAAACGCGCGACUGGUACGUGGAUCCGUAUCUAUCGGAUCACGACCUGCGCCGACUCGUGCGCCUCUUCCCGGGCGCCCAUCGCCUCGAGGGCAAACCCACAGGCAGUAAACUGCGCACGACGUUCGAGCGCACGAACGUCCACGGUCAGCGCGACGAGAAGGCGCGUUUCUUCAGCCGCUGGUGCGUCGUGUUGUAG